AUGAGGCUUCUACUCGCACUGACUGUGGCCCUUUUGGCCAUCUACUUGCUCCCAGUUGAUUGUGCCUCUUCGGAUUCAGACUCAAGUGCAGGAACUGCUACAGGCACUGGUACGGGAACUGGAACAGGCACGGGAACAACAACUUCCACGACAACAGUGGCUUCCACAACGACGACGACCACAUCGACCCCAGUCACCCACAGGACUCUCCAUCACCGCAGGCGGCGCAUCAGUCGGAGGAUCAAUCGCAGACGCAACAAAAGACGCGAUACCGAGGAGAGGAGGCGUCGCAGGGGUUAA